AUGAAGAGAAUAAACAGCUUUCAAAGGUUCAUGAACAGACGGGCCUCGGCCAACGGCCGCUACCAGCCCACCUGCUACGAGCACGCCGCCAACUGCUACACCCAUGCGUUCCUCAUCGCGCCGGCCUUCGUGGGCAUGGCGCUGCUGCACCGCCUGUCGGACAACGGCUGGGAGAAGAUGACGGCCUGGGUGUACGGCCUGGGCCUGUGCGCCCUCUUCCUGGUCUCCACCGUGUUCCACAUCAUCACCUGGAAGAGGAGCCACAUGAGGUCCGUGGAGCAGUGUUUCCACAUGUGCGACAGGGUGGUCAUCUAUUUCUUCAUCGCCGCCUCGUACACACCCUGGUUGAACCUGCGUGAGCUCGGCCCCCUCGCGGCUCACAUGCGCUGGUUUGUGUGGCUCAUGGCUGCUGCUGGAACCAUCUACGUCUUCAACUAUCAUGAAAAAUAUAAACUUGUUGAGCUGGCGUUCUACUUGAUGAUGGGAUUCUUCCCCGCGUCAGUCGUGACAUCAAUGAGCAACACGGAGGGCCUCCAGGAGCUGGCGUGCGGCGGGCUCAUCUACUGCCUCGGCGUGUUCUUCUUCAAGAGCGACGGCGUCAUCCCCUUCGCCCACGCCAUCUGGCACGUGUUCGUGGCGCUGGCCGCGGCCGUGCACUACUACGCCAUCUGGAAGUACCUCUACAAGGCCCCCGGCGCGGAGGCGCCCCAGCAGACGUGAUCACGGGGGGGGGGGGUCCGAUGCCUCCAGCGUCUGCGUGCAGCUGAGCCGAGUCCCGAAGAUAAUGACCGUAGAUUGUUUACUGUUUUCUUACGGGGCGGAGAAUCUUCUAGGAUCGCCAUGACUAAACAAAAAGCUGUACAACUUCAGGCAGAAACCCAACUGGACAGCGGGGGGGGGCUUUUUACAAUGAGACUCAUUGAGUAUUUCAGGAGUCUUUUGUAUCGUUUGUCACAUUCCACGUUCGGGUGAUUUAUUGUUCUCAUCAUUCUCUUUGUUGUAAACUUGGAUUUUCUUCCACUUGAACGCUGCGGAUACGAGGUGCUAAGAAUCGGCUCUUACAAAGUAGCGGGGGGGGGCUCUUAAUUCCGACUUUGCGUUUGAGGAAAAACAAAACAGUUUCAUUUUCAAAAGAAACCAAAGGUUUCUAAUCUAUUUCUUUAGAGACAAUUUGUCACAACAGCUCAGUUUAGUCAUUUACCUUUUUUACAGUCUGAUCCACGUGACCUUCUUGACCCGCGGUUUGUUAUCUGUCCUCUGAUCAGCCACAGCUUCUCCUGUCAGUAUUCAGCGCCCCCUGCUGGUGGGGCGGAGGAAGUGACCAAAUCAGCGAUUCAGGGCCAAAAUGAGCCAAACGAUGAACGCAAACCAGUUUCAGGGAACACGUUGUUCUCAGCGUGAGAAGCGGCGCGUCUCAUUCCCACGAGGACCAACCGCUUCCUGUCUGCAACCCCACGCCGCUCCAUCUCUCGUGUAGAUUUGCUCGGGUGGGGGCACAUGGCACAUUUCUUAAGUUAAUAACCACUGUGUUUUGUAAACGUUUGUACUUCCUGUCGUCCGACCCGUUGAUGACGUGAUCCCGGCCUCCGCAGGGUGAGAAGAACAAAAACAAAACAGGACUGCUGCUUUUUUUGUGUCUUUUCCAUUGAUUGUUAAUGGUGCUGCUGCAUAUUCACAUGAAUGCCCCCCCCCCCCAUUCUAUUGUGACCAUAAUAAAUGAUGCUGAGCCUCCAGA